AGCAGGACACUAGGAUGGUUAGUUGUGAAUGAACGAUAAGCGCGUUCGGACGACAGUAUUUUUUAUCAGCGGGCGUGUGUUUCAAUUCGACAAGUGGUGUGAAGCUAGGGCCAGUAAACUUGUUUGCAUUUUUUCACUCAUCGUUAUGGCUAGUCCGCCGUUUCAAUUUGGAUGGUAAUCGUUAAUAGGGAGCGAAAAGUUUUGUAACAGCGCGUAUACACGAAAACAACAAAAGUAAAGAAGGAAGCUACCAAGAAAGAAAAUUAAGUUCGGAAAAUCAAUUUCAUUGUGGUGAGGCAAUCGGUAGUGAUGAUGUGUUCCCAAGCAUAAAGAAUUGAUGAUGAUGAUGAUGACGAUGAGAGGAAAAAGGGACUCCUUAUGAAUAGAAUCUCGUUGUUUAUCUCACGUACGAACUGUUAAGAUUUUCUUUUCUACGUUUCAAGGCAAAUUUAUAGUGAUUCCUUUUGAAAUAGGAUUUUGAGACGUGCCGGAUUGAAGUUCAGAUAUUUUGGCCGCACUUGCAGGGAAAAUAGGAAGGAGUAGUAUAGCUGAGUGAACCGGAAACCCUUUAUUUAUCUACACAUGUUGUGAGGGAAGAAAUAAUAUAAGGUAAUCUUUAUCAACCUGUCAGCUUUUCUGGCAUUGCAAAUCUGGUACAAUACAGAUUGAAUGGAUAUUUGUGGGAUGCACUGAUGGAAGUGUAUAUGUGAGACAUAAUAAAUCAAAUAUAAAGAGCUUUUCGACGCGACGAAUGAAUUGAACCAUGUGGAUACAGUGACAGUGCAGUGCAUCGUCCCGUAUCUUGGUCUGCCUGUGUGAAGGAUCAAAUGGCGAGUCACUCGAUUAUCCAACACGCCAACAUAGGACUUUAAUGUGUUCGGAGUGACACCAUCAUCGGCAGCAGUCAUCGUCAUGGGAAAAUAGCAUUUUCAUUCAUGUUUCAGCCUUGAUGCCAGUUUGUGACUGGUAUGUAGCCAAAUUUUAAAGACCACCCUUGAUGCGUGGGAAGCUAAGAGCAUUAUACCCACAUUCGCGACAUUCGUAAAACCAUACACGUUCCCCGUGCGUAGCUCUAGUGGAACCACAUCCGGGUGAUUAGUGAGUGAUUGUUAUCGAAUCAGAUGCAAGGAAUAACACACUUUUCAGGGACUCAUGGUUUGCAGCAAGUGAGAGAGGAGCGUAUGCGAGAAUUGUGGGUCGCGUCGUGGACAUCAGUCUACCUCGCUGGCGUUCAUAUUUCACUCGGUGUCUAAAGCAAUCUCUUCCUGCAACCAUUACCCUAGGAGCGUGUGUGGAAUAACUGGAGUAAGCAAAGUCCCUCCAGAGUAUUCAUUCUACGAAUACAGGAAUUAUUAAACGUGUAACCAAUAUGAAGUGAAGCAUAAAAUGUGAAGUGCAUGUGUGCAGUGUAGAAGACCAUUGGCUUUAGAAGAAAUAUUACUUCCAUAAUUUGAUAUGGGAUUUGUCCAAGUGUAACGUCUGUCAAGAAAAAUAAUCAGAAUGUUUCGUUGGGAGUUGAAAACUGAUAGCUGAGUAAAAGAAAAAAGUGUUCAGUGCAUCACCAGUGGUAAUAAAAUAGCAAAUUACCAAUCACAGAAGAGGCUUCCCAUAUCACUCACACGCAACAAAGAGGAAAAAUAAAUAAGCGUACCAUGGGUUGUGAACUAUCAAAAUUAGCCGGUGGUAGCGGCGGAGGCUGCUCCAAGGGCAAUGUCCCUAGUCUAGAUGCAUGCGGACCACCACCGACUGACAGUCGAUUACCGCUCACUGCCAAGCAAAAGUACACCAUGGUGGCCUCGUGGAAAGGAAUCAGUCGGGCUAUGGAGACCACAGGGAUUGACAUGUUCAUCAAAUUGUUCGAGGAACACGCGGAACUGAUAGAUCUGUUCGCCAAGUUCAAAGAUUUGAAAACGAAGGAGGAACAAGCGAUGUCAGAGGAGCUGGCGGAGCAUGCCAACAAGGUGAUGACCACGUUGGACGAAGGAAUCCGAGGUCUGGACGAUAUGGACACGUUUUUCGAGUUCAUACACCAGGUGGGCGCCUCCCAUCGGCGUAUUCCCGGCUUCAAGCAAGAGUACUUUUGGAAAAUAGAGGAACCCUUUCUUUCGGCGGUAUCAAACACUCUGGGCGACCGGUACACUCAGAAUGUGGAAGGAAUCUACAAACUGACCAUUAAGUUCAUUAUCGAGAAUCUAAUCGCCGGGUAUGAAACAAGUGCCAACAAUAACGAAAAUGUCAACAAUGCAAAUCUUUCCACGUCAUCUGCAACGGCAGCGGGGACAGGGUCGACAAACAGCAAAAAGACAUCUUGAACGGCAUUAUGUGGUGUAUAGAGAAAUGAGGACAAAAAUGACGAAGGAAAUUGAUGCGGGAUGGAUAUAGCGAGGUCACAGCAAAGCUGACUCUAGCGCAAAUGUAACAUAAACUAUGCAAAAUAAACCGUUGGCGCGAGUGAGUUUAAAUCGCAAAUAGAAAGACUGUGUGUUCGUCUGUGUGAUGAUACCGGUGCUAUUGAGAAAACUAGAGUGAACGACAGUUGUCAAACGGUGUACAAAAUACUGAUGAGGAGGAAAACAUCAUUAAAAGAAAUCACCCCACCCCCAACCUCUCUAAUACAUGUUGCCAUAAUAGCACUCUUUUUGUAUACAACUCUCAAAAUAAGCAGAAAUACGUGCAGGACACUCGAAACUUUUUGUAUGCAUUUAAAACAUUUAUAGCAACGGAAACCAGCAACAGUGGAACAGCACAAAAAUGAGCACAAUUGCUCGCCUGACCGACUAACGGGAACAGACUGGCAGGCCAACCAACUAACCAUAGAGACAACUAUAGGAUACCAUAAAACUAUAGUCAACCAACCUACAGUUGAGUCAAGCAGCGAUAAAAAAAAAGAGUAGAGACGGGUGGAUAUAGAACUAGGAAACGUCGACUAGCACUAGUGCACUAUAUAUCAUCCUAUCUCCUGAACGGUCAUUUAACGCUACAGGGUCACCAAAGCUGAAAGGAUCCUGGUGAACCGGGAGUGAUAGAGUGCACGAAGCGGCAAAGUAACAUCAGAUGCAUCAGCAGAAUAAGAGAGAAAGAGUGUGUAAAAAGCAUUCGUUAUAGAACAAACACCCAGCCGGCGAACCGAUAUUUCCUGUCGGAAUGAGUGCCAUCUACUCAACCAUCGUCCGAGAAACUGGUGAAGCUGCUCUGGCAGGACAUUGAAGUGGAAGAAAUCGGUAUUUAAUUUCACGGGAAACAUUCGAAGCAGUAAUACCUACAGUUUAUGCAAUAUUCGUUGGAAAAAAACGGCGCUACUGUUUGAAGUAGACAAGCGGUGGGAGACGAUGCAUGAAUUAAUUGAAAGAUUACCCAAAAUAUUGUUUUUGUUUGAUAGUCCUGCAGUGCUUCGCGAAUUUUUUUCGUAUGACCGAUAUCAUGUUAAUUAUAUUUAUCGGUUAUAAAGAUUGCGCCCUGUUAGUGAUUCAGAUUUUAAUGGAAUAAUACGGAAAGAGCUGAUAACCAAACUGUUAUUAUCGAUUAUUCAUUCCCACAAUUUGAACGAAGUCACGAAGAGGUUUGCAAAAUAAUUUAGUUUGUAGCCAGCAUCGAUGAAAUUAUCGAUUAAACUUAGUUUGCUCUAUAAUGUCUAUUGAUUAAAAUGCUCAGAAUGUAAACUGCGUUACGUUGCUUUGUGACGAUGAUUUUUGUGGAUUGGACACAGUAGGAGUCAAUACCAAUUCGACCCAUAUUAAAACUGAAUGAUAGCCACCAUUGACAGCCACUCCCCAAAUUCAUCAAUCACGGGAAAGGAUAAAUGAUAGGGUAGACGGGAAGAUACUGUCUACUUGAUGAAAGAACGACGACUCAUCCAACUCGUGUAUAGGUGUCGCGUAGUUGGAGGUUUAGAAGGGUAUAAGGACUAGGAUUCGCUCCGAGCAAGCGAUUUGACCUGUAAAACAUGGUUUUUUAUCAGGUUACUUAGUUAGUCUUCGAAUACACAGUCACUCGAAAAAGUAAAGAUUUUGUUUAUAUUUUGAGUUUAUUAAACUCUGGGCAAGCGGCUACCGAGAGUAGCUCAUGUUUUCUAAAAGAAGGCAAUUUGAAUUUCAAACAGUCGGCCCUGGGAGUACUGCUUAACAUUAAUUAAUAGGAUCACUAUUUAUUACAGUUCAUUAUUUCAACUCCACGAUAUAUUUGUUUAGUUGAAAGCCGCCGAAUUCCAACACGUAGCAUGGACAAAUAAUUAUGAUUGACCGAAAUGUCAUAGAUCAAAGAAAGUAUUUCCUAUUCUGAAUAUCAUAUUGUUAGUAGUAUACGAAUAGACGUGUGAUAAUAGAUCGAGUAGCAGAAAUACUCUGCGACGAAUUCGCCGAAUGGUCACCGAAACCGAGCUGGCACAUGUUUCUAAUUGAAUUUUUAUCACAAUAAAUUAUCUGGGUUCUAAUUUGUGACGUAAUUGUACCCAAAGCUCAGAAACGUUAUGUGCGAAAAAAUGUCACGUGACCAAUUAGAAUAAUACUUCGGAACAGAGCUCAGUGAAGGUAAAGAUAAUUACUCCGUGCACGAAAUAACAUUGGUUAAGAUAUAAACAAUUCUAACGAUGUUGUAACAUUGCAAGCGAGUAAUUGGCACUUACCUUACUUCAAGCAAUUUAGUGUUGAUGAUCGUUGUAAUUUGCCUAAACACGGUCGCUCGAUUUGCAUUCAGAUCUUCUUUGAAAUGUGUUCAUUGACUGACUGGUUUAGUACUCACUAACACCAACUGCUAUUAUUUACGUUUCGUUUUCUUAUCUAACGAUGUCUACGAUAUUUUAGUAGACGGAUGAUUGAAGCGAAAUAGUGAAUAAAUAGCAUCUGCACCGUUUUCUAUUGGGCCAUUCGAAUUCGCAGAAUAAUCGCAGCACAAAAUGACGUUCACGUAUCGUGGCCGGAUCUCGGGAUAUUUUGUCGCUAAAUACUGAUACACACAAUGGUUGUGCUGUUCUAAGAUUAUUUGCCACAGCUCAUUUCGUAUCACUGAAUCGUACGCUCUAUUAUAGUCCACAAACAGAUGAUAAAUUAACACGAUCAGUUAUAUGCUCUUGAACUGAAUAUGCAGUAUCACGGAAGAUUACACUGUUAGGUGGUUUUAAGAAGUAUUAUACCACAACAGUUAUUCAUCUCGAUUAUAGAGCACAUCUUACAGAUACGGCAUACGAAGAAAUCCAAUCAGCUUUUGUUCUUUUACCCAGAUCAUUCCUAAAUAAUUGGGAAAAACAGAAAACAGCGGAGAAUCUCAGGAAUUUAUGUUCAACCCGCAUAAACUUGGUAAGUCCACCACGGAGCGGGACUGCUUCUCACGAAGUGGAUUUGGAUUUAAUCUCAGCCGAGGUAGUUGGUAGAUUCUUAGGUGAAAAUUCUUGAUCACGUCUUUCUUCGCAAGGGUUGCAAAACCAUUCGGUCUAUUCCACGGGUUUAAGGAUUUAUAUACAGGGUGUUUGGUUCAUGGUUAAGAAUCUCUCGGGGGGUGAUAGACUGCCAUAUUUGGAGAAAAAAAUUGUUCUACACAUACCACCAAAUCUCAACCGUUACA